AUGGCCGGGCAUCUAGCCAAAAACCCAUUUCUCCUCCUCCUCAAACCUCGCCGCCUGUGCACCACCGCCGCAUCCUCCUCGGCCGCCGCGGGAGAACUCGCCCCCGCGCCCGUCGUCAAGGAGAUACCCCACGAUGAUGACCUCGCGGAGGAGUCGCGCAGCCGCCUCGUGCGCGACACCUGCAAGCUGCUCGAGCUCCGCGGCUCGUGGACCCCGAAGCUGGAGGCGCAGCUCCGGCACCUGCUCCGGGUGCUCUCCCCGCCGCAGGUCCGCGCCGUGCUCCGCGCCCAGGCGCAGACGGACGCCCGCGCCGCGUUCGAGUUCUUCCGCUGGGCUGACCGCCAGUGGCGCUACCGGCACGCCCCGGAGGUGUUCGACGAAAUGCUGAGCCUCCUCAGCCGCACCAGGCUCCACGACCCCGCCCGGCGCGUCAUGCGCCUCAUGAUUCGUCGCCGCAUGAGGCGCGGGACGCAGCAGUUCGCGCACCUCAUGCUCUCGUACAGCCGUGCGGGGAAGCUCCGCUCUGCCAUGCGCGUGCUCCAACUCAUGCAGAAGGACGGGUGUGCGCCUGACAUAUUGAUAUGCAAUGUGGCGGUGAAUGCGCUUGUCUUUGCCGGGCGCAUUGACAAGGCGCUUGAGUUUAGCGACCGGAUGCGACGUGUUGGGGUCGAGCCGGAUGUAGUCACAUACAAUUGCCUUAUCAAGGGGUUAUGUAGCGUGCGGAGGGUUGUUGAGGCACUAGAGAUGAUUGAUGUGAUGCUGCAAAAUGGGUGCCCACCUGAUAAGAUUACCUAUUAUACAGUGAUGGGCUUCUUGUGCAAGGAGAAGAGGGUAGCAGAGGUGCGGGGUUUGCUUGGGAGGAUGAUGAAUGAUGCGGGUCUAUUUCCAGAUCAGGUCACGUAUAACAUGCUCAUCCAUGUGCUUGCAAAGUAUGGGCAUGCAGAUGAGGCGUUGGAAUUCUUGAGGGAGUCAGAGGGGAAAAGGUUCCGUGUCGAUGAGGUUGGAUAUAGUGCAGUUGUGCACUCUUUCUGCUUGAAUGGGAGGAUGGCCGAGGCAAAGGGGGUUGUAGGUGAGAUGAUCUCAAAAGAAUGUCACCCUGACGUUGUGACAUAUAGCGCAGUUGUUGAUGGGUUCUGCCGGAUCGGGGAAAUUGAUCAAGCAAGAAAGAUGAUGAAGCAUAUGUAUAAGAAUGGCUGCAAGCCAAACAUAGUCACGCAUACUGCACUGUUAAAUGGUCUCUGCAAAGCUGGGAAAACUUCAGAGGCUUGGGAAUUGCUAAACAACAGUGGAGAGGAGUGGUGGACUCCAAGUGAUAUCACAUACAGUGUUGUGAUGCAUGGGUUUAGAAGAGAAGGGAAACUAAAGGAAUCAUGUGAUGUCGUUGCCCAGAUGUUGCAGAAGGGUUUCUUUCCCACUACUGUGGAGAUUAACUUACUGAUCCAUGCGUUAUGUAAGGAAGGAAAGCCGGCAGAGGCCAAAGACUUCAUGGAGCAGUGCCAAAGCAAAGGUUGUACCAUUAAUGUUAUUAACUUCACUACUGUAAUUCAUGGAUUUUCUCGGCAGGGGGAUUUGGAAUCAGCGCUGUCUUUGUUGGAUGACUUGUAUCUCAGUAACAGGCAUCCAGAUGUUGUAACUUAUACUGUUGUUGUCAAUGCUUUGGGAAAGAAAGGUCGACUGAAAGAAGCGACAGAGCUUGUGAAGAAAAUGCUUAAUAGAGGAAUUGUCCCUACACUCGUUACAUACAGGACAGUGAUACAUAGAUACUGUGAGAAGGGUACAGUGGAAGAAUUACUCGAUCUGCUGGAUAAGAUGUUAGCGAGACAAGAGCUUAAGAGUGUAUACAAUCAGGUCAUUGAGAAGCUAUGUGCACUAGGUAAAAUAAAUGAAGCUUACAGUCUCCUCAGCAAGGUACUGAGAACUGCCUCACAGAGAGAUGCUCAGACAUGCCACAUUCUGAUGGAGAGUUUUCUUAAUAGAGGUCUCGCAGUUCAGUCAUACAAUGUGGCGUGCCAGAUGUUUCAGAGAAAUUUAAUUCCUGAUAUUAAAUUGUGUCGAAAAGUUGACAAUCAGCUGACCUUAGAGAAACAACCAGCUGCUGGGAAGCUUAUAAUUAAGUUUGUAGAAAGAGGUCUUCUGAAACAAGAAAAACCAAGUGAAGUACUUAAGGGGAGGAGACAAUGGAGGGAGAUGGUGACACUGUGA